GACUCUGCAGCGCCCGACUCGCCGCUGCUCGCCCCCGCCGUCACGCAGCCCCGAUGGCUGCAGCUGCAGCAGCCGAAAUGGCUCCGCGCAGACCGGAACGGCCGGUUCACACGCUGGUGGCGCCGCAUCCUCGCCUCGCCGGCGACCUGCCUGGCCUUGCUGCGGCCCCGGCGCUCGUGCUGCUCGCUGUCCUGGCCCCUGGCCGCGCUCGUCGUCGUCGCCGCCUAUGCGCUGCUGUGCUUCGUGCGCGGCGUCCCGCUGCUGGCCUCGCCGCUGCCGCCGUACUCGGGCCCGUACGGCGUCGGCAUCAUCGACGUCGAGGUUGCGCUGCCCAAGCCGCGGCGCGUGUCCGAGACCGUCUUCAAGAGCACUGGCGAGCCGGCGUUUGAGCACCGCACGACGCUCUUCACCGUCUACUAUCCCAUCGAUAAGGGCAUCAAGGAGCGCAGGAAGAGGCACGACUGGUUUGCGCGGCCGCUCAGCCUGACGGCGGCAGGAUAUGCAAAGUACGCGCACGUCAACAACUUCCUGGUCCGGCCCAUCUUCACAUUUGGGCUGUGGCUUGUUGCGGGCAGCAUCACGAUUCCCGCAAACGUCGAUGCGCCAUUGCUGGGAACGACCGCCACAGAAGCACAAGAGGAGCAUCUUGAACGAUUCCCCGUCAUGGUCUUCUCCCACGGCGAUGCCAGCGCAAGGAGGGACUACACCCAUUACACCGGCGAGCUCGCCAGCCGCGGCUACGUCGUCGCAGCAGUCGAGCACCGCGACGGAAGCUGUCCCGGCACCCUCAUGAGAAUCAAGGGCGAAAAGGACAAGCAGGUCCUCCACUUCAAAGAGGCCGAGCUCCUCUCCGACCCUCCCAUGGACACGGAAAAGUACAAGCGCGAGCAGCUCGCCUUCCGCGACGCCGAGAUGCUCGAAACCAUCAACAUCCUCCGCGCCAUCAACGACGGCCACGGCGACGACAUCUUCGCCCGCAACUCCCGCGCCGAGGGCUCCCACCUCCACAGCUGGGCCAACCGCCUUGACUUUGGCAACCUCACCAUCGGCGGCCACUCCUUUGGCGCCACCGGCGCUCUGCAGACCCUCAGGCACGCGCCCUCAGACAUCAACCCUGCCGUCGGCGGCGUCAUCCUCGACCCAGGCAAGCAGAGCGGGCCCCUCCACGCCCUCAUCGACGUGCCCCUUCUCAUCGUCCACUCCAACUCGUGGUCCAAGCAUCACAGCGUCUUCUACAACCGCCCGCACUUUGACACCGUCAGGGACCUCGCCCGCGGCGUCCUCAACCGCGUCCCCAGCCACUCGUCCUGGUUCCUCACCAGCAUCGGCACUGCUCACCCCAGCGUCUCGGACGCGCCCCUCAUAGAACCCCUCCUGCUGAGCUGGACCACAGGGGCGAGUCUAAACGUCAAAGAGGCCUUGGGCGAGUACGUCCGCGUGACAGAUGACUUUUGGCACUUUCUGCGCACCACCCGCAGCGCCAACUCGUCUCUCACAGACCCCGUAGUGCACAAGGGCGAGAUGAGAGGCAUCCUCGCCGAAAAAGUCACCCACGAAGAGUACGGCGAGUGGGUUAGCGAAGAGCGCAAAGCCGAGUUUCCACAAUCCCUAGCCAGGCUAUGGCAAGUCCACGUCAGUCCA